AUGGUAGCCAUAACGGCCGACUAUCCUGGACUACUCCCUGCGUCGCACGGAAGGCCUUCAGGACGCCGUGCCGGACCUAUAGCAACUCGCCACCAACAGGCACCGAAGCCGGGUAGGCAAAAAAGGAAGGCGGUCAGGACAGAGACGCCAGCACUGAGGAGCCUUGUCCCAUCCUCCCAGAAGCCGUCGCCGCUCCUAGAUCCACCUCGGGAUCCCCUUCACUCGAACCAGCCACCGAUCCCCUCCUCCUCGAUUUCAGCUACCAACCAACCUUCGCUUUCUUCUGCCUCCUAUCGUCCCAGGGAAGAGGACAUUCUCUUGGAGCCCGAGCUCCUCUUCCCGAGCCGCAGCCACCCCGCAGCGUCCAACCUCGCCGGCCUCCAGCUGCAGGUCGCCGCCGCCUUGGUCAACCCUCGCCGGAGCUCCGUCGGCGCCCCGUUGGCCGGAUCCGGCCCGGAAACAGGCGGAUCCAUCCAUCCCCGCCUGAGCCCCAUGCCCUUUGCCGCCUCCCAUACGCCUCUGCUCGUGCCUGAGCACGAGCGCCUCACCGGACGCCUCCCGCAGCAGUCCCGCAUCAAGUCUCGCGAUGUCGUCCUUGUCCUUGCAGCCUCCCCGCUCUCCUCGUCAGCGCAGGGAGAUGAGCCCCUCUCGAACUCCAGCAACGACAUCGCCCCUCGCAGCGACUGCCGCCGUCGCCAUGGCCUACUUCGCCUCGACGCCAUGGCCGCCCGAACCUGAAGCUCCAUCCUACCUCGUUCCACGCCUCGGUUCCGGCCAGAACGGGCCAUCCCUGACCUCCACCGCCCAGAUCCGCCGCCGCGCCAUCCCGGAGUCCCACGCCAAGUCCUCCGCCGGCACUCCUUGCCUCGUUCGUCAGGGAAACGACGAGUACGUGGCUCGUCAACGCUCCAGCCGCUGACCACGACCGCGUGCGCCUCAUCCACGUCUUCCAGGAAGGCUACGACGACACGCGUGGGCUACGCCAGUGCAAGCCCUGAUCCCUCGAUCCACCCACCGGCCCAGCUUCGCCUCUGCCAGACUCUCCUCCAGCAAGGCCCCUCAGGCCCAGCCGUCUGCCUCGUCCAGCCCAGCACCAACCGGGCCAAGCCCAAUGUGAGAAGCACCCCUCCAGCCCCUGUGCACUGUCGGGCCAGCAAGAUUCGGCCCAUGUCAUGUUUUUUCCCGUCCUACGAAUUUGCUAUUUAAUCAGAGAACUGCAGUUUUUUUAGAAAAACCCCUAGAGUUCUUGCAUAUCAUAACUCACCAACCGUCCA